AUGCUCACAGAUUUUUUCAGAUCUGAACCUGAAGUUCAAGCCUCAUUCAACGUAUCAAACUGUGUACCGUUCAAAUUCAGUAACGAUCCAGAGGCUGUGGUCUUUUAUUCAACACGAUACGAGGACGAUCUCCUAAUGAAGUACUUGGGUGAGUCAGGUCCUGGUGAGAGUGUCGAUGAGAGUAGCGCUGAGUUCACCAACUACGGUUCGUUCAUUGACGAAUUGCCCAGCUAUUGCUACAUCGAUCCUACUCGCUCUCCUGACUGUCUCCGUGAACGUACCUCUUAUUCUGAUGAGGUUAUGAUGUCUACCGAUUCUGCUGUCUCAUUUGAUUCGGACGUUAAACCUGUAGAACGUCCUGCAUCGCCUCCAAAACCAUCCAUUUCAAAGCCAACUCGUCGUGGUCGCCCUAUGAAAGUCACUAGUACGUCAAAGAUGGCUAAUUAUGCAAGAAAUUAUCGUGAACAGAAGAAGAAUCAGUUAGCUGCAUGUGAGGCUCAAGUUAGAGAGCUAACUGAGGAGAACAAAUUUCUUCGAGCUGAAAACAAACGCCUCACUGAAGGGUACGCCAGGCUCAAAGAGCAAGUCGAUGCCCUUCGUAAAAUGGUAGAAAACAACUCUUAUUUUUCCCGUGAUCCAUUGCAGACCCCUAGCUUCAGUGGGCCUGCCUAUGAUAAGAAUUCCAUCAAUGACUUAUUUGAUAUCAAUGAAUUAAUGAUGUUCUCACAGUAG